GGGUCGGGUUGGGUCCCGCGCAGUCCUGCCCGAGCGAGUGCGUGAGUGAGGAGUGCAAGGAGACGAGCCAGACCGGACCAGACCCGGCGAGGGCAGCAGACGCGACCCCGACUCAGCCGCGCUUCCAGCCGCUUCCUGGCCGCCGCAGCCACCCUCUCUGCUCAGCUCCAACCACCGUCUCUUCAGUCUCAUCAAAAACGUCGCCAUGAGCAAAGGAUGGGCGACGCUGGGCGUGGACGACGUGACGGACCGGCGCGUGCUCCGGCCGCUGCUGGCCGAGUUCGUGGGCACCAUGCUGCUGGUGGUGGUGGGCACCGGCGCGACCACGGCCGAGUGGACCAAAGGCGACGCCCCGUCCAUCGUGCAGAUCGCCCUCACCUUCGGCCUCACCGUGGCCGUCAUCGCGCACGUGACGACGCCCGAGGGCAACCGCAGCGGCAUGGGCGUGACGGGGCUGAGCUCGGGGGUCACGUGGUGGCAGGGCUUCGUCAUCGAGGCGGUCAUCACGUACAUCCUGGUGCAGGCCGUGCUGGCCCUCGCCGAGGAGGGCUUCGCCGGCAAGCUGGCCGUCGGCUUCAGCAUCACCGCCUGCCACCUGGCCUUCAUCAACUACACCGGAUCCAGCAUGAACCCCGCGCGCUCGCUCGGGCCCGCCGUGGUGCAGAACAACUUCCUCAACGUGUGGGUGUACCUCGCGGCGCCCCUGGUCGGCGGCGCGGUGGCCGGCGUGGUCUAUCGCGCUCUCUUCAGGCCCGCCAAGAAGGACGCGGACGCCAAGAACUCGUACGACUUCUAAUAAAGAAAAAAUGCCAUUACACUUCAUCACAUCGAGAAAGGAGGGGAGGGGAG